AUGACCUUACUGUUUAGUGCAGCCCAGAAAAUUGUUACAGAACAGGUUAAUAAAGGGGUUACUAUUGAUGAUGUUGGCACCUUGGUUGUACCGAUAGAUGCUCUACCACCAAAAUAUAGCAUUCGACAACUGAACGAUGGGCUUAUCCAGUUACCAGUAUCCUCUCAGGCCGAGAAAACAGCCAAAGCUGCAAUUCUUGAACGCUGCCUGCAAAGUCGCGAAAGACUGAGCCUGGGAGGUGACGAAUCAGUGGCUACACGGGAAUUAAUAGCUUGGCUUAUUGAAACUAUACGCCCCGAUGGUGCAUGUUUCCUCGACGCCUCGUUUGACGAAGCCAAUUCUCCAGAAAUAGAGAAAGCAAGAGAAGAAUGGAGGUUCACAUCUAUAUUCGCCCUGAACUCCAUGAAACUCUUGAUAUCGUACGGCUACAUAUCAGAAGCAAGUACUAUGCCAGAGGUUUUGUUGAGUUUGCUUGCCUUUACUCAUCUGGACGAUACCUGGAAUUCCAAGCCAGCGUAUGAGGUUUCAAAGGAUGCAUUAGAUCACCAAUCACAGGAAGUACAUACAGGGACAUUUAUUGUCGACUAUGUUCUAAAGGGGUUCAUACGCCCUUUGUUCGCGAAGUCCACCCCACAGACAAUAACAUCCCAGGGAAGAAAGGCACCAAUUGAGAACCUGGGGAAUCGAAUUAUUGAGGUAGCAAGCAGCCCUGACGCGAUAUCGAAACCGUGGAAAUGCAGAGAUAUUCAUGCAGUGACGGUAUUUAAGUGGGUGGUCACUACAGCUGAUGAGGGACUAAUAUCCAAUAACUGGCACUUGUUCGUCCCGCCGUUGAUGACUCUCUUAGAUGACCCUAUGACUUCUGUGAGAGCAUCGGGAUUAACCAUUUUAUCUGAAUUCCUCAAGAAAACUUCACCAAGAAUGCUCGUUCAGACCGGCCUCAGCGAUUUACUCGAGGAAGCGCUCAUGCCGACUCUGUCAUUUCUACCCACCCUAACUCCCGUCGCAGAGUCACAACUUCUACUCAAGAAGGCAUAUUCAGCUCUAUUAGAGCUAGGGGAUAUUCGAUACGCCUCCAAGGAUAAUAAACCCGAAAGGAAUCGGUUUUACGACAGACUGAUGCGUGAAGGGGUUUUUUAUGGGAUUCACCAUUCCGGCGAUAUAACGAUUAUACUGGAGCUAUUACUGGCUGAAAUGAGCGAAAUAAUAAACCGCCUUCACAUUUACUCCGUCAAACAUGCCAAGGAUAUCCUGCCAUUACUUUCGGCUGUCCUGGUGGAUCCAUUCGCGCCUUCUAACCCUGCCCUUCUUCUACGAGGAAUAAAGACUGUUCAGACCACAAUCCUCAAUUGCUGGCCAAUACUCUCGGAGGAACAUCAUCGCGUUCAGAUUGUCAAAGCGCUGUCCAUUUGCUGGAUAAAUCUAACCGAAGAGAUUAUGAACAGUGCGAGUGAAAAUGUCAAACACGAACUUGGUCAACUCAAGCAGGAGCUGCAAAUUUCGGCCGCUUUGCUUUUCAAGUCCACUGUAGGAGCAGCUGGCCAAGAAACGGCCCUUACAGAUGUAGUCAAAGUCUACCCUGACCUUUCGAAUUUAUUCAAACUCGAAUAG